AUGGAUGAACAUCCAGGCAGUGCUCUCCACUAUGGGCAAGUAGGACGAGCUGUCUACCUUCCUGAUGAGCAAGACUGGACAUUUACUCGCUCUUUUGCUAGGCCCCCAUCCAUCCAGUAUACCGGAGUGACCAAGACAACAAUCCCCUCGCCUUUUCGCCCACCCAAAGCUCGACCAAUACCCAGAGUACCUGAGAAAAACACCAGGAAAGUGAUCACAAAUGCGCAUCCCGAUUUGGCGGCAUCAUGGUCCUCUAUUCGCGCCGAACCUUUGUCGAAAGCUGUUACGACUAUAACCGAGAAAUAUGACCCUGAGAUCUCUGAGCUUUUCGAUAUUGGUUAUGCGGUGGACCAAAGGCGUCAUGACACAAGGCUGCGCUCGGUUCCAAUUGCGGUGGCCGUUACCGGGGAAUCUCGUAAUAUAAUCUCCUUCCGAACACUGGAGGAGGAAAUUUUGGAGUUGAGCUCUCCACAGAAGUUAGCGUUUCGUGCUCCAUCAAUCAGCCCCAUUGAACUGUCUGAAUGGUCCAAUUGUGGCGCACCGGUACGUCAAAUACACUUUGCACGUCCCUUGGAGGAGAAGCCCAUGUUCAUGGCCGCUCGUCUCCCCACAAUGACUACAAUAUUCCGACCUCUUUACCACUGGGACCCUGUGCCUAUGCAUUUCCCAGAAGAUGCUAUACUGGGAUCCUCUGCUCACUUAAAAAACUCUCGGCUGGAUGCGAAUCCCAUCGCGGAGAUACCUGUGUCGCGAACAGGUGGCUUCUCACAUGCCGAUGUGACCUUUAACCCUUGGUAUCAGAGACAAUUCGCCGUUGUAGAUACCAGAGGCAAGUGGAGUGUCUGGGAGAUCACCGGUAGGCAGCGACUCCAGCAGUCCAACUGGGCUACCGAGCUCGUCAAAUCAGGCUCGUUGCCCUUGCGGGAUUAUAAACGCAAACAUAGUUGCCCUCGGGUUGAUGGCUGGGCAUCUAUCGAGUGGAUCCAUAAUGUUGGAUUGAUAGUUGUCUCCAAUCGUCACAGUGUCAUAAUCUAUGCCUUCACAGACAACCAGAUUCCACCACGCACGGUUGAGCUUGGAAUGAACAAGCAAUCUGAGUGGGUUCUAGACGUCCAAAGAAACCCACGCAAGCCAUCACAGUUCUUUGUCCUGACGACAACUCGAAUAUUGUGGUUUGAUGUCGGAGCCAUACGAGACGAGGAUGAUGCAAGUCUUUCUCUAUACCCUCAAGUGUCCUGGAGGCACUUUCGAGACCCUGAAGACACAACUUUGCGACUUAGCGACAUAGUCGUAUAUCAAGACUUGUAUCUCGUUCUGUAUUCACAGAUCACUCGGCUGGUACAAGUAUUCCCAUGUCCCUUUAUAUCUGACGAAUAUACCGAGUGUGUAUCUAUACCCGAUCCCCUGGUGUUUGAUGCGCCCCUGUUGGAUGAGAUACCGCCAACUAAACGUGACUCUGUUGUACGAUUCUCGAGAUUCGUUUUUAGAGAGAUUGCCCACUCUGUUACACCAAUGGGUCGCAAUUUCUAUAACGCCCACUUGCCAUUGAUCAAGCUUUUCUGGAUGGAUUCGGAUUUAGCCGUUCACGAAUCUACUUUCAAGGCCCCGCGUGGAGAUUCAGACGAGCCGGACUUGUUUCGUCAAGAUAGUGUCUUGCGGUUAAGAAGGCGUUAUGCUCCGACAUCAUACGUCAGACCCACUGAUGAUUUUAUUGUGGAUGAUUGGGACGAAUCAGCGACAAAGAAAACGAUUGUUCGGCGCUGCAAGCCCAAAAUUGGCCGCAUUGGCAUAAGGUCGGACUUGCAGUGGACCUUGGAUUUUUCUGGCGUCUACAGAAUAGCGACAGGGAAGAUGGAAAUUCGUCGGAAAAAGCAAAAUAAAAUACCAAGGCCCAGAGCAAGGACAAUUGGUGGGUUGCUGGCAAUUCUACAAAGCGAAAUGAAGAAUGGAUCGAAGCGGCCUCCAGGCAGGACGAUGUUUGAACUGACCAGCAAGAGGCUUUUGGCUGAGGGUCUUGAUGAAAGUGCAGAUGAGGUGAAACGACUCAUUUCAGCACUCGUGCCCGAGCACGCGGACCCCGACGCUCACUGUCGGUAUAUGCUUCUACCAAUCCCAUCCUCAAACGGGAGUUAUGGCAUGCCAGCCAAACUGUCAGGCGAAGCAGACCGGGAUCUUCUCAAUACCUAUGAUCAAAUGAUCGAUGAUUGGAUGUCUACCCUGCCUCGCACCAUCCCCGUGCAGACACGACUCAUGAAAGAGAAACUCAUUCGGGGAGUUGUUGCCGAUCUCAUCCUUUCACGCCUAAUCAAAAUAUCUACCUCAUUAGACAGCAUCAUACUAUCCAAGCCCGCAGAUCCGGUCGAGGAACGAGCAAUUCAGGAGGCAAAUGAGAAGGCUGCGGCGAAGAACAAAUACCAAUCGAGCUACUUCGCAUUACUAUCAUCACAGACCGCUGCAAGCCAGGCCAAAAGCCGAACGUUUGGAUCUAGACGGGACACGGUGCCAGUCCAGCAAUCCAAGUACGCUGCAGUCCCAGUCCUGGGUGGCCUCUCAGCAUUCAUCACAUUCAAGACCCCACGUCCAACACCACGGAAGGUGGCAAACCUCCUCUCCCACUGGCCGGUGGGAACCAGCCCCCAAAAUUAUAUAUGGGACAGGAUCGAUGACGAGGAGACGCGGAAUUCGCAGUCACGCACAUCCAAGAAUAGACGGAAGAAGCGCUCACAGACUCGUGACCAAUCCCUCCCUUCGACUCCGGCAGUGCCUAUGGUCCGAGCAUGGGGCAGUCAGCCGCUUGCACCUCCCCGAGUGAACAUCAACAGUAGUCAGCUCGAUAGUAUGCCGAUGACCCAGAUGGAGCGGGGAGCUUUUGGAACUCGUACACUCAAGAAGCCAAAAAAGAAGAAAAAGAGACAAGCUGGAUUUUAG